CCACUUUCACUCUCUCCUCUCGUCCACAUCUAGCCCCCUCUCCCCACAUCAUUAACCAUUCAAACCAGGUAGAGCAGCGGAAGCCAACCCACGUCUGGCCGGUCGUCCCUUUCCGCUGCUAUUUGUGUGUGUGUGAGCGCAGCGAGCUAACGAGAAUUGUGUGAGUCCUCGCCAAGGAUUAGCGGGGUUGGUUCGUCCUCAGUAACAUUAGAGACAGUGUCGCGGCAGCUGCAGUUAAAUCAAAGGCUUUAGCUCGCUUUGUUGGAUGGUAACCGUUUAAUAUCCCUCUCUCUCCACUGUAAUAGCUGCUGUCAGUGCAGCUGAAGACUCGCCUUUUCGUCGCAUAGGUUACACGAGGACAUUGGGGAUUUCAUUUUUCCGAACGGAAUUAUAAAUGUCGGACCUCGUCGGAAUGAUGCACUGAAGAAGGACUAGGCUAAAUGCAAGCGUCUGUUCAGAGGCUGCAGUAUAGCUGAGGGAUUGCGGCGCAAAGUUUUUUUUGUACGGUUUCACCGUCUAACAUCAGUGGUUGGCUAUAAAGGGAGAAUCGUGAAUCUCGAUCGCCCUGAGCUCGGCGAAAACAUAAUGGCCACUCUACUGCGUAAAAUAGGUCUGAUUCGUCUUCACGACCGGGACACAGAGGACCCCAAGCAUCACCAGGGCUCGCUAAAGGGGACCAAGGGGAACACCAAGAACAACGCCAAGCAGCACUCUCAGACCACCAACGAGACCAACAACCUCCUCAGCACCCCCGAGAUAAAAGCGAAGAAGCUGGACCAGCACAGCAGCAAGGACAAACUGUCCGUAAAGGAUAAGCAACAGGGCAAGGACACCAAGGAGAAACAGCAGAUGGGAGGCGGAGGAGGAGGAGGUGGGAUCGGGGUUGGGAAAUCAGCGACCAGUGCCUCGAUACCGCCACUAGCCCCUCACCGGCAGCACUGCACCCAAGUCCGGACGAGAAGACUCAUGAAGGAACUCCAGGAGAUCCGGCGGUUGGGAGACAACUUUAUAACGGUCGAGCUGGUCGACGACAACCUAUUUGACUGGAACGUCAAGCUCCACCAGGUAGACAAAGACUCGGCGCUGUGGCAGGACAUGAAAGAAACGAACACCGAGUUCAUACUGCUGAAUGUCUCUUUCCCCGACAAUUUCCCCUUCUCCCCGCCUUUCAUGCGGGUGCUCACCCCCCGGUUGGAAAACGGGUACGUGCUGGAUGGCGGAGCGAUAUGUAUGGAGCUGUUAACCCCCCGCGGAUGGUCCAGCGCCUACACAGUGGAAGCCGUGAUGAGGCAAUUUGCCGCAAGUCUCGUAAAAGGACAGGGACGUAUCUGCAGGAAAGCAGGGAAGUCCAAGAAGGCGUUUAGCCGCAAAGAGGCGGAGGCCACCUUUAAGAGUCUGGUGAAGACCCACGAGAAGUACGGCUGGGUUUCCCCCCCUGUGUCUGACGGCUGAGGAAAGAGGUUGGCCAUGACGCUAGCUAGCCAUGCUAACCACGACACACCACGCUAAUUCAACUCCUCCUCCUUCUCGACCCUACAGCUCCACCGCUCCAGUUGUUUUGUUUUUAGUUUCUGUUGUUUCAAUCACCUCACUGAAACGCUUCAGAAAAAUGAACAAUCGAACGCUGGUCAUCGAGGUCUACUUCUUCACUUUGCUGAUCAUUGCCAUCAUCAAGUCGUUAUUUCUCCACAGCCCUCCUGCGCUGCACUCCUCCGUCCCUACUUCCCGUUCCCUCCCUCCUUCUCUUUCUCUCCCUUCGGCUGAGUAGAGGGUUCAGAGUGAGGUGUGUCUGUCAGCGGAGGGUGUGUCAGUGGAGUGUGUGUCACAGCGGGCCAUGGAUUGGGUUUCCGACACGCACACACACACACACCCACACACACUGAGGGACAUUCAGACAGACUGUGUGUGGAUCUGCAGGUAAAGACUGUGAAAGACUACUGCGAAGAGGGCGAUGUAUUUUCCUCUCCAACCUUUACCCCCUCCUCUCCUCUUCUCCUCUCAUCCUUCUCUCCAAGCUGACACCACACUGCACUGAACUGUAGUCAAACUUUCCAUCCCCUCUGCAUGCUUGACCAUUUACAUACAAACCAGCCUGUUGAUGUUUAAUAGACUGGCUGUGCAGGACAGCAACUCACGCAUUCACCCCUUCUUUUUCUAAUAUUUUUCUCUCUGUUCCUUUCUUUUCCUUUUGACUGUGCUGUUUUUCACAGUUCAAUGCAACAUGAAGAUUGUAAUGUAUGUAGAGCUGUGCUCUCUAUCUCUCUUUCUAUCGUUUGUUCUCCUCUCUCUCAUUCUCUCCCUCUUUGUGGCUAAAUUUAGAUCUCACUGUGUUGCGUACAUGGUUAUUGAUUUCUAAUGGAGAAAAAACAUCACUUGUUUCAUACCCAGAGACUCUGUACGAUGAAGAGAAUGACAGUCAACUACAGCACUCUCUCUCUCUCUCUCUCUCUCCACUCUGUUCUCUCUCUUUCUCUCUCUCCCCUCUCUCUCUACUCUUUCUAGCUCUCUCUUAAUCUCUCUCUCUAGUCAUACUAUCAUGUGUAGGGGAAGACCAGCAGCUAUAAUUCCCAUGAUUUAGAUACCAGAUGGUCGAGCUAAUAACCAGGCACAUGAAGGGUGUGCGUGCUUUCAUGCAUGUGUGUGUCUCAACAUUGCUUUUCAUUGUGUUCCUAUGUGAUGGUAACUGUACUAUGCUGAUCUCUUUACCGUCAGUAUGCCAGUAAUAGUAUUAGUACAUUAUUACUGUAUGGAGAUGUUGUUACAGUGGUAAUGAUGAUGAUGUCCUGACCAGAGGAAGUGAUCAUCUCUACUAGUUCCCCAUGGGAUUGUUCACCACACACUUCAGAGUGGCUAUUUUGCAUUGGCACAUCACACACACACACGAUACCCCUAAAUGAGGAUGGACAGUGCAGAGCCCUGGUGAGGAUGGAGUGGUGGAAUAAUAAACUAGUGUCCUCUGAGAGAUGAGCGUGUCUCAGUGAGCUCCUGAUUGAUGUCUGGAUUAGAGGGAGGAAGAGAGGGAACGAGGGAGGAAAAGGAAGAGAGAAGGGUGCGUGGCAAGCUUUGAUGUUUCCCGCCGGCUUCUCAAAAUGUCAGCUGGAAUCCAAAAUGGCUGAAGAGAAGUGUGUGUGUGUGUGUGUGUGUUUCAUAACAAUUACACACACACACACACACACACACACACACACACACACACACACACACACACACACACUCUCUUUCUCUAGCCUCCAAAUCCUUCCUAUGCCGUGCAUUAUAUGUGUGGCUGUGAAUGAGCACCACAGAGAGAUAGCUGCUAAUUACGGUGAAAUUUGAACAGAGAGACAGAGUUGUCAGAUGAAUAACUAGUGAAAGUGAUGCCAUCAUACGUCCUGCUCUGCUCUGCUCCGCUCCGCUCCGCUCCGCUCUGCUCUGCUCACUCACACACACACAUCCUGCUCCGCUCUGACAUUCUGUCACUCUCACUUCCCGGAGCGCCGCACAUCUCAUUUUCUGCUUUACAUUGUGUGUAAGGCAAUGUUCAUACAGCAUGUUUUUCUACGGUAUGUUAAUCAUCAGGGGGGAUGAUCAUGUGUGUGAGAGGGGUUGUUGUGUCUGUGAUGCUCCCUUGGGAAGGUUACAGAAAUCACCAUCUGGUAUCUAAUCAUGGGAAAGGGUAAGUUUCAAAAUGGUAACCUACUGUAUUACUUAUCUAGUGCACUACUUUUGACCAGAGCCCUAUGUAGGGAAUAGGGUGCCAUUUGGGAGUCAAUGCUGAUGAUGGUCUUCUCUCUUCUUUUGUGGGCAGUGAAGUCAGGGUUGACUGUGGGUGUUUCACUGGGCGUUACGAUGAGAGGAGAAAUCUACUGUAAAGUGAACAAUUAAUAGAAGAUGAAAUAUCUCCAAAUUGGGUGUUUGCUGGUUUAAAGAGUAUCAUUUUGUGAUAUAGUUUAGAUCGGUAGUUUGCAGACACUAACUGAGUGAAUCGAUUCUGUUGUAUUAUAUCUGCAUGUGGUAAGUGAUUGGUAGCUAGCUAUCUUUUUUUCAAGAAAAGCAACGAAAAAAACGACGACGGGGUAAAAAACGAACAGUAAAAUGCUUCUCUUCUCUUGUUCUCUUGAUUUCUGUUUUCUGUAUGUAUAUUUUUCUUUCUGACUACCCUAAAAAAUACUGUCACGUUGUGUUCUCUGAAUGUUUGUGUUUUAAUUUAUUUGUGGUUUGCCAAAAUGAAGAUUUUGAAGCAUGUCGCAGGUAUUGUCACAGAAAAAGAGAAAAAUAAAUCCGAACUAAGAAUGAUGAUGUGUAUCUGUGUCAGAAGGGUGUUCAGGUGUAUAUUUUGUGGGAGACUUUCAAGGAACCAGAUUAAGAAGGACUAGAUAAUGAUGUCAUAAAGCCUCAACAUUCUCCAGGAAGUAAUCUGUCACAAGGAGCAGAAUUCUAUGGAGCUCAAUGGAACUGAAGGAUCAGUCAACUCUUGGCUCUCACAUGUAUUUCCUACUCUUCUCUGUGAUAUCACCGAUGUCCAUCCUUCUUUCUCUGGUUCCGGACUGCGUUACUGCUUGGGUAGAAGUUGCCCUUAGGCACAGAUCUAGGAUCAGCUUACCCUGCCUAAACCCUAACCUUAACCAUUAGAGUGGAAUGUGCAAAUCUGUCCUUGAUCAGUUUCUAGGAGCAACUUCACCCUACUCCCGACUGAAGUGUCUAGUCCACACCGAGGUCAACAGUUCAAAAGGUGAAAGGUCGUUGCAAGACCAAACAGGAAUGUGCAAUAAAAGUUACGGCUUAUUGAAA